UCCCCUGCACAGCACAUACUCAUUAUUCUUUGCGCUUUAUUUCUGCCCCACCUAUAAAAGCUCCGCUUGUAGCUCUGUCAGCAGAGCAGCUUUAUAGUCUCCGUGUACCUGAAUACCUGGUUUACGUGGGAAAUGUACCAGUGACCGGGCGCAGCAGAGCCUUUGAUUAAUAGCCAUUGCAUUUCGUUCCGUUACCCCAGCAUUAUGAAGAUGCUCCGGGGGCUUCCGACCCGGCUGCUCCUGGCCCUAUGUGUGGUCUGCGUGCUGCACGCCGCACCUGCCAACGAGCGGCGCAAGAACCGCAGGCAAGCGCAGCAAGUCGUGCAACCCCAGACAGCACUGGACUCGUACCAAAAGGGCUGCUACGAUAAUGGGAAGUACUAUCAGAUCAACCAACAAUGGGAACGAACUUACCUGGGCAACACACUGGUGUGUACCUGUUAUGGUGGAGGCAGAGGCUUCAACUGUGAAAGCAAGCCAGAACCUGAAGAAACCUGCUUUGACAAAUACACCAGUGCUACUUACCGAGUUGGCGAAACAUACGAGCGCCCUAAGGAUAACAUGAUUUGGGAUUGUACAUGCAUUGGAGCUGGAAGAGGAAGAAUCAGCUGUACAAUUGCAAAUCGUUGUCAUGAAGGCGGACAGUCUUACAAGAUUGGAGAUACUUGGCGACGACCCCACGAAACUGGUGGCUAUAUGCUUGAAUGCGUAUGCCUUGGUAAUGGUAAAGGAGAAUGGACCUGCAAGCCUGUAGCUGAGAGAUGCUAUGAUAACACCGCUGGGACAUCUUAUGUGGUGGGUCAGACCUGGGAAAAGCCAUAUCAGGGCUGGAUGAUGGUGGACUGCACAUGUGUAGGAGAAGGCAGUGGCCGAAUUACAUGUUCAUCUAGAAACAGAUGUAAUGACCAGGACACCAAGACCUCCUACAAAAUUGGUGACACCUGGAGCAAAACCGACAGCAGAGGAAACCUGCUGCAAUGUAUCUGCACGGGCAAUGGACGAGGGGAGUGGAAAUGCGAGAGACAUUCUUCUGCUCAAGGCACUGGCUUAAACACACACACAAACGUACAGACUGCAGUGUACCAGCCAGAUGCACAGCUGGAACCAUAUUCUCACUGUGUGACCGAGAGUGGCAUCCUCUACUCUAUUGGAAUGAAAUGGAUUAGAGCUCAGGGGGCCAAGCAGAUGCUCUGUACAUGUCUGGGCAAUGGGGUCAGCUGCGAAGAAACGGUUUCAGUUGCGACUUAUGGAGGUAAUGCAAACGGUGAGCCCUGUGCAAUUCCAUUCAUCCAUGAGGGAAGAACUUUCUAUGCUUGCACAUCUGAGGGACGUCAGGAUGGAAAACUAUGGUGUGGGACCACUUCCAACUAUGACCAGGAUAAGAAGUAUUCCUUCUGCUCAGAGCAACGUUCACUGAUUCAGACUCGAGGUGGUAACUCCAAUGGAGCACUGUGCCACUUUCCAUUUUUGUACAACAACCGCAACUAUACAGACUGUACCGCCGAGGGACGCCGCGACAACAUGAAGUGGUGUGGAACCACAGCAAACUAUGAUGUAGACCAGAAGUUUGGGUUCUGCCCAAUGGCAGCUCACGAGGAGACUUGCACCACCAACGAAGGUGUCAUGUACCGUGUGGGAGAUCAGUGGGACAAGCAGCACGAUCAGGGCCAUAUGAUGAGGUGCACCUGUGUUGGAAAUGGCCGUGGAGAGUGGAACUGUGUUGCAUAUUCCCAGCUUAAAGAUCAGUGCAUUGUGGAUGGUAUCACCUAUGAUGUAAACCAGUCUUUUAACAAACGUCAUGAAGAAGGACACAUGAUGAACUGCACUUGCUUUGGCCAGGGACGUGGCAGAUGGAAAUGUGAUGCUAUUGAUCAGUGCCAGGACUCUGAGACCCGCCAAUUCUUUCAGAUUGGGGACUCUUGGGAGAAAAAUCUCAAUAGUGUCCGGUACCAGUGUUACUGUUAUGGCAACGGAAUUGGAGAAUGGCACUGCCAACCUCAGUCUUACCCAGCUGGAGCUGGACCAGUGCAAGUCAUUAUUACUGAGAAUGGCAACCUUCCCAACUCUCACCCCAUCCAGUGGAGUGCGCCUCAGUCUUCUCUGAUCAAGCAGUACAUACUUCGUUGGAAGCCUAAAAACAAGCCCGGUGGAUGGAAACAAGCAAACAUUCCAGGACACCUGAACUCUUACACAAUCUCUGGUCUGAAGCCUGGCAUUGUCUAUGAGGGGCAGCUGGUCAGCAUCCUGCAGUAUGGCCAACGGGAGGUCACACGUUUUGAUUUUACCACCACUACGACAACCUUAUCCAGUCAUACAGAGACGGGAGAAACCACACCACCUCCUUCACUAGUGACCACUUCUGAAGCGGUCACAGAAAUCACAUCCAACAGCUUUGUGGUAUCCUGGGUCUCUGCAUCUGACACAGUUUCUGGCUUCCGCGUGGAGUAUGAGCUCAGUGAGGAGGGAGAUGACAAGCGCUACCUGGAUCUCCCAAACACUGCCACUUCGGUCAGUAUUCCAGAUCUCUUGCCAGGCCGUAGAUACAAUGUGAAUGUUUAUCAGAUUACAGAGGAAGGAGAGAGAAGCCUUAUUCUGUCAACCAGUCAGACAACCGCUCCUGAUGCUCCCCCAACAUAUGAUGUAAAAAAUGUUGACGAUACCUCCAUAGUGGUCACGUGGGCCAAACCACAGGCUCCCAUAACAGGCUACAGGGUUGUGUAUUCUCCAUCUGUGGAAGGUAGCAGCACAGAACUCAUCCUACCAGAUACUGCUACAUCAGUGACUCUUAGUGAGCUUCUUCCUGGAAUUGAAUACAACAUCACCAUCUAUGCAGUAGAAGAUAAUCAAGAGAGUGUUCCAAUUAUAAUUCAGCAGGGGACCACAGGAACACCACAGAAAGUGCACGUAUCAUCACCAACAGAAAUGCAGGUUAUUGAACUAACAGAUGUUAAAAUCACAAUCUCUUGGACCCCUCCUCCAAGUGAGGUAUCUGGGUAUCGUGUUAUGGUGGUACCAGUUAGCCCCUCCGACUCUGCUACCCAGAAUAUCCCAGUUGGUAGGAACACCUUUGCAGAAGUUAUGAACUUGACUCCUGGAACUACAUACUCAUUUGAAAUCUAUGCAGUGAGUCGUGGGCAAGAGAGUGAACCUCUAGUUGAACAGUACACAACCAAACUUGAUGCACCAACAAACAUGAGGUUCCGUGAUGUGACAGACUCCACAGUAAUCCUCACCUGGACACCUCCUCGUGCUCAGAUUGGCAAAUAUCUGCUUACUGUUGGUCAAACCCGGGGUGGACAGCCAAACCAAUAUAAUGUAGGAUCAUCUGCAACGAAUUACAAACUCAAAAACCUUCAGCCAGGCACGGAAUAUACCGUUUCUCUAGUGGCUUUGAAGGGCAAUCAGCAGAGCACCAGUGCCUCUGAAACCUUUUCAACCUUGGAACCAGUUGGCUCUAUCCCUCAUUACAACACAGAAGUUACCGAGACCACCAUAGUCAUAACAUGGACCCCAGUACCAAGAAUAGGGUUCAAGCUGGAUGUGCGACCAAGCCAAGGUGGGGAGGCUCCUCGUGAAGUCAUCUCAGAAUCUGGCAGCAUUGUGAUCUCUGGUCUGACACCUGGCGUUGAAUAUACCUAUAGUAUCUCGGUUGUCCAGGAUGGCGUAGAGAGGGACACUCCUAUCACAAAGACUGUUGUGACGCCUCUCUCCCCACCUGUCAAUCUACGCCUUCACCCAAGCCCAGAUACGGCCACCUUAACGGUUUUCUGGGACAGAAGCACAUCUCCAGGGGUCACUGGCUACAGAAUCACCAACACGCCUACUACUGGCCAGCAUGGCUAUUCCCUGGAGGAAGAAGUGGACGCAACACACACUUCAUGUGUCUUCGAGAAUCUGAGCCCAGGGGUGGAGUACAACGUCAGUGUCUAUGCCGUUAAAGGGGACGAGGAGAGUGUUCCCAUCUCAGAGAUUUUCACUCAAGAGAUCCCCCAGCUCACUGACCUAAAGUUUGUCGAUGUAACCGACUCGAGCAUUGAUCUGAGGUGGACGCCUCUUAAUUCCUCAUCCAUAAUUGGCUACCGAAUCACGGUGAUCGCGGCGGGCGAGUCCGUACCUAUCUACGAGGAAUUUGUGGGCCCCAUGGAGGGGUAUUACAAGGUUUCAGGACUGGAGCCUGGCAUUGACUAUGAGAUCAGCGUCAUAACACUCAUUAAUGGCGGCGAGAGUGUUCCGACCACAAUCGUACAGCAUACGGCUGUUCCUCCACCAACAGACCUGCGUUUUACCAAUGUUGGGCCCGAUGCCAUGCGUGUCACUUGGGUACCUCCAUCUUCUAUUGAGUUAUCCAGCUUCCUCGUACGAUUUUCUCCUCUUAAGAAGGCUGAUGAUGUGACAGAGCUAACAAUCUCCCCGUCUGAUAACAUGGUGGUUCUAACAAAUCUCUUGCCAUUUACCGACUAUCUGGUCAAAGUGUUCUCUGUUUAUGAGGAGAGAGAAAGCACCCCUCUUAAUGGAAUAUACAGAACAACUCUGGACUCUCCAACUGGAAUUGACUUCUCUGAAGUCACUCCUAACACUUUCACUGUCCACUGGAUUGCUCCUCGGGCACCCAUCACAGGAUACAGAAUCAGAUACCAACUGGAAAGUGGAGCUGGGCGUCCUAAAGAGGAAAGAGUGCCUCCAUCCAGGAACUCAAUUACCCUUACCAACUUAAUACCCGGUUCAGAGUAUAUUGUCAGCAUUAUUGCAGUUAAUGGUCAACAAGAAAGUGUACCACUUGUCGGACAGCAAGCUACAGUGUCUGAUGUCCCAACGGAUCUAGAUGUGACCUCUACGACCCCAAAUACCAUCACUAUUUCUUGGGAAGCACCAGCAGUGAGUGUGCGUUACUACAGAAUCCUUUCUUCCCAGACCGGUGGCCAAGGUCCAGUUAAUGAGUUCACUGUACCAGGAACUUUCAACACUGCAACAAUCAAAGAUCUGCUGCCAGGCGUGAACUACACAAUCACUGUGUAUGCAGUCACUGGACGAGGAGACAGUCCUGCUUCCAGCAAACCAAUUACACUAACCCACUCAACAGAUGUUGACCAUCCAACCGAAAUGGAAGUGACCGAUAUUCAGGAUAAUAGCAUUCAUGUUCGCUGGAGCCCAUCUCCUGGCCCGGUGACUGGAUACAGGGUUACCAGUACCCCAAAAAGUGGUCAAGGAGAGACCCUUUCCCAAAUUGUGCCUGCAGAUAAAACCGAGAUGACCAUUGUGGGGCUGACUCCAACUGUGGAGUAUGUGGUGAGCGUGUAUGCUCAGGGUACAAAUGGCGAGAGUCAGCCAAUAGUGGAAACGGCUGUCACAAACAUUGACCAACCUAAAGGACUGACAUUCACUGAUGUGGAUGUCGACUCCAUUAGAUUAUCUUGGGGAGUCCCAGAGGGUCAGGUCACCCGCUACCGGGUCACUUACUCAAGCCCAGAGGACGGAAUUAAAGAAUUGUUUCCUGCUCCGGAUGGGGAAGAUGACACUGCAGAACUGCACGGUCUCAGACCGGGCACAGAGUAUACUGUGAGCAUCGUGGCUUUGCACGAUGAUAUGGAGAGCAAGCCCCUAAUUGGAAUCCAGAGCACAGCCAUACCCACUCCUACAAGUCUUCAGUUCUCCCAGGUCACACCAAGUGGCUUUACUGUUAGUUGGCACGCGCCCAACGUCCGGCUUACUGGAUAUCGCGUGCGUGUGAAUCCCAAGGAGAAAACCGGGCCUGUGAAGGAAAUUGAGCUAGGCCCUGGUGUAACAACAACCACGUUGAGUGGGCUAAUGGUUGCAACCAAAUAUGAAGUGAAUGUAUAUGCUGUGAAGGAUCACCUCCAGAGCCAGCCUCUGCAAGGCAUAAUCUCCACCCUUGAGAAUGUUAGCCCUCCACGUCGUCCAAGAGUCACAGAUGUUACAGAGACAACUAUAACUAUUACUUGGCGCACAAAGACUGAGACAAUCACUGGCUUCCAAAUUGAUGCUGUGCCUUCAGGUGGUCAGAUACCAAUCCAAAGAAUUAUCAGCCCAGAUGUUCGCACUUACACCAUCACAGGUCUGCAGCCUGGCACAGACUACAAGGUCUAUCUGUAUACCCUGAAUGACAAUGCUCGCAGCUCUCCUGUGACACUUGACGUAUCUACAGCUGUCGACAGCCCUUCCAACUUGCGUUUCCUCACUACUACCAGCAAUUCGCUGCUCUUCUCCUGGCAGCCUCCUCGCUCCCGUAUCACUGGCUACAUCAUAAAAUACGAGAAAGUUGGGUCUGUACCCAGGGAGCACCUGCCUCGUCUUCCAGCUGGAACCACUGAGGCCACCAUUACAGGCUUGGAACCCGGCACUGAAUACAUAAUUCAGAUAAUUGCAGUGCGUAACAAUCAGAAGAGUGAGCCGCUGACUGGGCGCAAGAGGACAGAUGAACUUCCCCAGCUGGUUACUCUCCCGCACCCUGAGCAAGGCCCUGAAAUCCUCGACGUGCCCUCUGUAGAGAACACACCCUUGGUCGAGCACACCGACUUUGACAAUGGUAACGGUAUCCAACUUCCAGGCACCAACGGGCAGCAGCCCAGCCCUGACCAUGAAGGGCAGGUCAUAGAAGAGCAUGGCUUCAGAAGUCCAGUAGUACCUACAACCGCUGUGCCUCUGAAGCCAGGGCAGUUUACUCCUGGAAGGCAUGUACCAGAGAUGGACACUCGGCGCCCUCAUUACAGAGGCGAUUAUGAUGAAAAUUAUCCUCAUGGAUUUGGACCUCAGCACAACGAUACUGGAAUUCAAGAGGUGGCAUCACAGACCACAAUUUCCUGGAGACCUUUGUUGGAAACCACUGAAUAUGUAAUAUCCUGCCACCCUGUAGGCCAUGAUGAAGCCCCUCUGCAGUUUACAGUCCCUGGAUCUUCUAACAGUGCUACACUAAAUGGUCUCACACGUGGGGCCACCUACAAUAUUAUAGUAGAGGCAUUGAAAGGAUUGGAUAGACACAAGAUCCUGGAGGAAUUGGUGACUGUCAGCAAUACUGUUCCCUCUAGCGGAGAUCUGCACCCCACAGAGGAUACAUGCUACGAUACGUUCAAUGGUGCCCAAUAUUCGGUGGGACAGGAGUGGGAACGCAUGUCUGAGUCUGGCUUUAAGCUCUGGUGCAAGUGCCUGGGAUACGGAAGUGGACACUUCAGAUGCGACUCCUCCAAAUGGUGCCAUGAUAAUGGAAUUAACCAUAGGAUUGGUGAGAAGUGGGAUCGUCGUGGAGAAAAUGGGCAGAUGAUGAGCUGCACAUGUCUUGGAAACGGAAAGGGAGAGUUUAAGUGUGAACCUCAUGAAGCUACUUGCUAUGAUGAUGGGAAGAUGUACAAUGUUGGAGAGCAGUGGCAAAAGGAAUACUUGGGGGCCAUCUGUUCCUGCACAUGCUAUGGAGGAAAGCAAGGCUGGCGUUGUGAUAACUGCCGCAGACCAGGUGCAGCUGCUAUCCCAGAUGGUGCUACUGGACAAACACUCUCUCAGUUUACACAGAGAUACCAACCAAGCACAAAUUACAAUCUGAAAUGCCCUAUUGAAUGCUUCCUUCCAUUGGGCUUUCCAGCAGACACUGAACAUUCUGAGCCAAACAAAAACUAAGAACAUGAUCACAGGAUCAUGGGAAUAUAUAGGGGAAACAUGAAGCACAGAUACAAGGGCAAAAAUUGGGAAAUAUUCCUAACUUAUCUGGGUGGAAAAUCCAAAAUGGCUUAAAAUUUUGACCUGGAGUACUUGUUGCCAUUCAGUAUUUUGAUUGUAAUUGUCUUAAUAUGCUUUUAAAAUUUGUUUUGGGAAACCAAAAGGGAAGUAGAUUUUUUAAAAUAUAAAACCUUUGUUGUAAUGGGCAAAGAAAUGUCCUUUCGCAUCAAGUUGUUAGAGGAAAAUCUUAUAGGAAGUAUCUCCGGUUCAUGGAAGCCUGUACCGCAUUGCAGUAGUGUAUGGCCUGGAUAAUAUUACAGGCAAAGUCAAAGGGACCCUUCUGCUUAUUAUGUUAUGCAUCCCAAGACUGCUGCUUCUGACAAUCUGCACAAUCCUAAUUCCUUUUCCUGCACAAUCCUUACUGAUCCCAAUCCUUUUACAAACCUUCAGUGUUAUUUAUCAGUGUCUGCUUCCUCUCCAGAGGAUUCCUUCUAUUUUACUAAGAAAAAAAAUGUAAUUCUGAGGUCUAGAAAGUGAUGGCAGUUGAAUUUGAUGUAAUUAUGGUUGGUGAUUUUUAAUUUUUUUUAUACUGUAUGUGCCAAAGCUUUUACUACUGUGGAAAGAACUCUUCUUUUAAUAAAAAGGUAUUGAAAAUUA